CAAGGGUGACAUAUCAUAUCACACAAAUGACAUUUUGUUGAGCUUAAAAGUAAUUUUUUCUUAUUUCCUUCUAAUUAAAUAAUGUUAUCUUAAUUUAGAUAAUGACUACACUGUGAUUUAGUUUUCUCACUGGCUUGCUGUGAAGUGGGCUGAAGUGGGAGAUGAAAUGCUUAUUUAGCAUAAAAUAUGGUGCUGUUGUGAAGGAUACCGCAUUGUGAAAUAGUCGUAUUGUUUUUGCACAAAAUAGUAAUUAUGAUUGUUAUGUAAUUAAUGUAAGUUUGUAACUGUUCGUGAUAUUGUACGUUUACAAAGAUGAGGGCGGUCGCGUUAAUAAGCGGUGGAAAGGACAGCUGUUACAAUAUGAUGCAGUGCGUCGGCGCCGGGCAUACGAUUGUAGCCCUGGCCAACCUCCAACCGAUACAUAAAGAUGAACUUGACAGUUACAUGUAUCAGACUGUUGGGCACCAGGGUAUCAACCUUUAUGCUGAAGCAAUGGGACUACCUCUCUAUAGGGAGGAAAUUUCUGGUGUUGCUAUCGAUCAAGGGCGAAACUAUAAACCAACCGAUAAUGAUGAAGUGGAGGAUUUAUACAGACUAUUGUUCAAGAUAAAGGGUGAAUUAGACAUUGAAGCUGUGGCCUGUGGGGCUAUUCUAUCAGAUUACCAAAGAAUUAGGGUAGAGAAUGUAUGUCAAAGGCUCGGUCUUGUGUCACUUGCUUACUUGUGGAGAAGGAAUCAGAAAGAACUACUUCAAGAAAUGAUUGCAAGUGGUGUUGAAGCCAUCAUCAUCAAGGUGGCAGCAUUAGGUUUGGAUCCCAGAAUACACCUGGGUAUGACAAUCAAAGAGAUCCAGCCCCACCUUCUAGUCAUGCAGGAGAAGUAUGGACUCAAUAUCUGUGGUGAGGGCGGCGAGUAUGAAACUUUUACCCUAGACUGCCCAUUAUUUAGAAAGAAACUAGUUAUAGAUGAAAAAGAAUUGGUAAUACACACAGAGGACCAUGUAGCUUCAGUGGGGUAUUUGAAUUUAAAACUACAUCUAGAACCUAAAAAAAAUUGCGAUGGAACAAUAAAACUACCUCCAACAGUGAAAAGCUCAUUAGAUUUUAUAAAAGAUUUGAAUGAUACCGUGUUUAGCGACAUAAGUGAUAUAGAACUAAGUGAAACAGAGUUAGAAUCUUUCGAGAAGUUAGAAAAGGAAGAAAAGAUAAAGCAGAACGAACUGAACCCAUUGCUCACUUACUCCGGGGACAGCCCUGCUCUUCUUCAAAGCAUAGAUACGGCUGAUAGUAGUGAUUCAAUAGACGGUUACUAUUACGAUGAGAUGCAUGACCCGGACGAUAUGCAUCCAGUUUUAGACCAUAGAUCCAUAUAUGGUAACAAGCAUGGAUGGUAUUUCAUCGGAGGAAUUGUCGGUGAAGGUGUUGAUACAGCUGUAGCCACCGCCGAUGCUAUGAAGAAACUCAUUAGUUGUCUCGACUCUGAAGGCUUGACCUUACCUGAUAUAUGUUCUGUGAACAUAUAUAUGCGGGACAUGGAACAAUAUGCAGCACUGAACGCUGUCUACGUGGAAAAUUUCUCCUUUCCGAACCCUCCUACGAGAGUAUGCGUACAGUGCCCUCUACCGAAGAACGUUGGUCUCAUAAUGGACGCGGUUGCGUAUAAACCAAAUAACGUUAAAGAUCAAGACUCAGACGGUUGUUCCAAAGAACGUGUGACCAUGCAUGUGCAGGGUAUAUCGCACUGGGCGCCGGCCAAUAUCGGACCUUAUAGUCAAGCCGUUAAGGUGGGCGAGGUCGUGGGCACGUGCGGGCAGAUCGCGUUGGUGCCGGGCUGCAUGCGGCUGGCCGAGGGCGGCGCCCGCACGCAGUGCGCGCUCGCUCUGCGCCACCUCACGCGAGUGCUGCGCGCCGCGCACGCGAGAGCGCACAUUCGCAGCGUCGUACAGAGCGUGUGCUACGUGACGUCGCGCGGCGCGGCGCGGGAGGCGCGGCGGCAGCUGGAGCGGCGCACGGCGGGCGCCAUCGUGCAGUGCGCGGUGGUGGAGGCCUUGCCGCGCGGCGCCGCCGUCGAGUGGCACGCCUGGGCGCACAGCGACAACAACCGCUUCGAAUAUGAAGAGACCGGUUGCAGCGUUGGCGAUUAUAAAGUCGCUAUAACCAGAAGAUGGAAUUACGAAAAUACAGUCGCUGCUAUCGUCUGCUAUGUUGCUACGGGUUCGUCUCCGUCGACGUGCCAGGUGUCGUUCCCGGACGCGGAGGCGUGCGCGCGGCACAAGCGCAGCGCGGGCGGCAUGUCGGCCGCCGACCUGGACGACGUGCUCGAGUACGCGCUGCGCAAGCUGCUCAACGACUGCACGCGCGACCCGCUGCCCGCGCUCUACGUGCGGAUAUUCUACCAGGUAUCCAGCCCAUGAAAUACAAAUGCAGAUGCUUUAUUGCCGUUUUAAAAAUAUAUUUGCUGAAUAUUUUUCAGUGUUUAUAAAAUUUUGUUAAUUAUGCUACCGAGUUUACCAUAUUUUAAGUCAAAUUAUAUAAAUUAUUUUUAUUGCAUA